GGGUUGCCGAGUCGUUCAUGGCGCAGGCAUACUGGACUGGAGAGGGACAGAGUCGAGAGGAAAGAGUAAUGGCGCUGAGCAGGUAUCAGGUGGUACCUGGCGGCGGGGAGAGCAGUGGUAGUGAUGACGGCUGGGAUAUGGGGGAAGUGCGAGAACCAGACGAGAAAAUUGACAAGAACCCAGUGAAUGAAAGCAAUGAAGAUAUAUUUAAGAAAGCUCUUACUACUGGAAAUGUGAAAAUAGUGGAACAACUUUUAAAGUCAGGUUUGAAUGUGGAGUGCUGCUUUCAAUUUGGAUGGACUCCAUUAAUGUAUGCAGCUAGUGUAGCAAAUCUGGAGAUGAUACGUCUUCUACUGGACAGAGGUGCAAAUGCAAGCUUUGAAAAAGAUAAAUUCACUGUCCUUAUGGCUGCAUGUACUGCACAUUCUUCAGAAGAAAAGAUUGUGAAAUGUGUGGAUCUGCUUCUCUCAAGGAAUGCUGAUCCAAAUAUUGCGUGCCGGAAGCAAAUGACACCACUUAUGUAUUCAGCUCGAGAAGGGCACCCUCAAGUGGUUUCACUUCUUGUUGCACAUGGAGCAAAUAUACAUGCACAGGAUGAAAAUGGAUAUACAGGGCUAGCAUGGGCAGCACAUGAUGGGAGAAAGAAUAUUGUUUUGAAAAUGCUGGAACUGGGAGCUGAUAAAACGUUGUCAACAAAAAAUGGUGAGACACCUGCAGAAAUAGCAAGGAAAUUCAACCAUUUAGAGAUUUUCAGCAUUCUUUCAUUUUCUGCAAAUAUGGGUCAAGGUAAGGUGACUUUAAACAGAGAAGAGGCCAUCUAUAGAUAUCUGAAAAUUCAGCCGGACCAGGAGUUGAAGCAUACAAGUUACUCAACAUCCAGUGAUCUAGAGGUGUUUCUGGGUGGCUUGGAUUUGGAACACCUGACAGAACUGUUUAAGGAGAACGAUAUAACGCUAAGGCAACUGUUACAUUUUAAGGAAGAGGAACUCAAAAAGGUUGGCAUUAGCUGUGAAGUGGAUUGUAAGAAAAUUGUUGUUGCUGUGAAAGAAAUUCAAGUUGAAGAUGCAAGGCUUGAGGAGUUUUCCACAUUUCUGAACUUAGAAUCCAGCAGUGAUGAGCUUUUUGCAUUUCUUCUUAAACUUAAUAGACAGUGCAACUGCCUUACCCAAACAGUCAGAGCGGUUAAUGACCAAAUACCUUUGAAUCCACAGAAUAUUGUUUUGGAAUGGGACUAUACGCAGAACUUCACUUCUGUGUGUGAAGAUAUUGUCACAAGUGUAGCUGAUCUCAACAAAGAAGUUUACAGUUUGCAGUGUCUUUUGACUAAGUUCAAAAAAGGACAGCAAAAUACACCAUGUCGUGUGCCACCCUUGGAAGAUCAGAAUGGAUGGAGGAAGUAUGGGCUGCUGAAAAUGUCUGCUGCAAUGUUCUUAAGCUUUGGUUUUAUUUUUUUACUUGUGAAGGUAAAUAGGGACUGUUCCCUAUGAUGAAUCCGUAAAUCCGAAACCGAAGACUUUCAUUUAUUUUUCAUAGCGUUCUUUUGUGUUUUUGAUAUACCUGUUUAAAAGAGUUUUUUGUUAGUGCAAAAAUAUGUAUAUAUUGGUAUUUACUACAUAUUCCACUGAGAAUAAUCUUGUUUUUUUCACCCCUAAGAAUUAAUGUACUGUUUACUUUUUCAUAUCUCUGUGUUUUUAGUUAUAAGCUUGUAGACUAACAAAAGGUUAGUUUGAAUUUGAAAUACAUUGUUUGUAUUGUUAUCUAAACCUUCAGAAUAUUUUGAAUUUAUAUUGUUUACAGUUAGAUCAAUGUGGUCUAAAUGUAAUUUUUACUUUAAAUUACUGUUUUUCUUAUUCUGUAUCUCUUAAUAGCUCAUUAAAUGUUUCAAUGUUCC